AUGGUACAAUGGUUAAUUAUUAUUCUUGUUUACGAUUUUGCUAUGCUUAAAUUAUCAUUAAGUGAAGUAACACUUUCAUUACGUUUACUUCAUUAUAAAAAUCGAAAUGGUUUAACAUAUGAAAAUCGUCCAUGUGAUACAAGACUUGAACAUGAUAUCAAUCGAGAUGGUCGAUGUGAUACAGGAUUUUUAUUUUGUCUCGUACAUUUACCAUUUCAAAAUCCACAUAAUUGUACAUUAGGUGAUCAUUUUACGGGUUUUGUUGGUGGCGAUGAUAUACAUUUUAUUAAUAUUGAUCAACAAUUACAACGACGAUCUAUUUUAUCAAUUAAUAAAAAAAGACAAAGAUCAUCAUUAAUUUCUCUUUGGUUUCAACCAACAAUUUAUUUUCAUUUUAAUUAUCCAAAAACUGGUAUUGGUCUGAUUGUUGAAGUAUUUGAUAUAGAUGAUAAUAAUAAUCAAACUAUUCAUGAUUCAAUUGAUUUUUAUGGAAGAACACUAACUGACCUUAAACUUUAUCGUUCAGUUGAGUUGGCACAACCACAAAGAAUUUAUCUUCGAAGUUUAUUUGGUACUUAUACAAAUUUAACUGUUGAUUUUUUGCUUUAUUGUUCACCAAAUUAUUACGGUAAUGAUUGUGAAAUAUUUUGUUCACCAAAUGAACAAGGUUAUGAAUGUGAUUUAAAUACUGGACAAAAAAUUUGCAAACAUGGAUAUUUUGGUCAAGAUUGUCUUAGUGAUGUACGAGCAUGUGAAGACCAACCUUGUGCAAAUUUUACAUUUGACUGA